UCUCCUCAGCAUCAGGAUCAAGAGUGGAACUCAGCCCGAGGAGGAGCGGGGAUGCUCAACAACAUGACGGACUGCGAGGAGGGAGAGGGGGGACCCAACAGUCAGGGUGAUGGGAACCCCAAAGAGAGCAGUCCUUUCAUCAACAGCAGUGCGGCAGCUGAUGUGGAGAAGAGCCAGCAGUAUGAUGGCAAGAACAUGGCUCUGUUCGAGGAGGAGAUGGAUACUAGUCCGAUGGUCUCCUCCCUGCUCAGCACUCUGGCAAACUACUCCAACCUGCCCACUGGAAGCAAAGAGCACGAAGAGGCUGAGAACAAUGAGGAAGGGCCACGGCCUUCUAAAAAGCCCAUCAAGGCACCUCAGCUGGGCACCCUGAUGGGAGUUUACUUGCCCUGUAUCCAGAAUAUUUUUGGGGUGAUCCUUUUCCUGCGGAUGACGUGGAUGGUCGGAAUCGGAGGCGUCUUCGGCUCCUUCAUAAUCGUCUUCAUGUGCUGUUCAACUACCAUGCUCACAGCCAUCUCCAUGAGUGCCAUCGCCACGAACGGAGUCGUCCCAGCUGGGGGGUCAUAUUACAUGAUCUCUCGCUCUCUGGGGCCUGAGUUUGGUGGAGCGGUUGGGAUCUGCUUCUACCUGGGCACCACGUUUGCAGGAGCCAUGUACAUCCUCGGAUGCAUUGAAAUUCUGCUGAUUUAUAUAGUUCCUCAGGCGGCCAUCUUUAAAAUCGAGGGCCUGGAGGGGGCGGAGGCGGAGGCUGCCUUGCUCAACAACAUGCGGGUGUACGGCACCAUUGUGCUGAGUUUCAUGUCGCUGGUGGUGUUUGUGGGGGUCAAAUACGUCAACAAGCUGGCGCUGGUCUUCCUCGCCUGUGUCAUCCUCUCGAUUCUGGCGGUUUACGCCGGCGUCAUCAAGACUGCGAUCGACCCCCCCGUCUUUCCUGUCUGUAUCCUGGGAAAUCGAACGCUCAGUUCAAAAGGAUAUGACAUCUGUGCAAAGGUCAUUGAGAUCGACAACGACACUGUCACCACCAAACUGUGGAGAUCCUUCUGCGAUUCCGACUCCCUCAACGCCACAUGUGAUGAGUACUUCAACAACAACAACGUCACAGAGAUACAGGGAAUCCCUGGAGUCACCAGUGGGAUCCUGGCAGAAAACCUUUUCGGUAAUUACCUUGAAAAAGGGAUGAUCUUAGAGAAGCGUGGACUUGCAUCUGAUGCGGAUCCAGACAGUCCCACCACCAGCUCCAAUCGCUACGUUUUGGCCGACAUCACCAGCUUCUUCACCCUGCUGGUGGGGAUAUACUUCCCGUCUGUCACAGGAAUCAUGGCCGGCUCCAACCGGUCUGGAGACCUGCGCGAUGCUCAGAAGUCAAUCCCCAUCGGCACCAUUGCGGCCAUCACCACCACCUCCACCGUGUACAUGUCCUGUGUGGUCUUGUUUGGUGCUUGUAUCGAAGGAGUCGUCUUAAGAGACAAAUUUGGUGAAGGUGUGAAUGGAAACCUGGUGAUUGGCACCCUGGCGUGGCCGUCUCCAUGGGUCAUCGUCUUUGGCUCCUUCUUCUCCACCUGUGGAGCCGGACUCCAGAGUCUGACGGGAGCUCCACGCCUCCUCCAGGCCAUCUCCAGAGACGGCAUCAUCCCUUUCCUCCGAGUUUUCGGGCACGGGAAAGCCAAUGGCGAGCCCACCUGGGCGCUCCUGCUCACCACCAGCAUUUGUGAGAUUGGCAUCAUCAUCGCUUCUCUGGAUGCAGUGGCUCCCAUCCUCUCCAUGUUCUUCUUGAUGUGCUACAUGUUCGUCAACCUAGCCUGCGCGCUGCAGACUUUGCUGAGGACUCCAAACUGGAGGCCACGUUUUAAGUUCUACCACUGGGCUCUGUCUUUCCUGGGUAUGAGCCUGUGCCUGUCGCUCAUGUUCAUCUGUUCCUGGUAUUACGCCAUCGUGGCCAUGGGCAUCGCCACCUGCAUCUAUAAAUACAUUGAGUUCUGCGGAGCUGAGAAAGAGUGGGGUGAUGGGAUACGUGGGAUCUCGCUCAGCGCUGCACGCUUCGCUCUGAUGAGGCUGGAGGAGGGCCCGCCGCAUACCAAGAACUGGAGGCCUCAGAUUCUAGUUCUGGUGAGCGUGGACGCCGAGCAGAACGUGGAGCAGCCUCGUCUGCUGUCUCUAACCAAUCAGCUGAAAGCAGGAAAGGGUCUGACCAUCGUUGGCACAUCUGUUCAAGGAACCUUUCUCAACAAUUAUACGGAAGCUCAAAGGGCAGAUCAGUCCUUGCGUAAAUUGAUGGAGACAGAAAAAGUGAAGGGUUUCUCCCAGGUGGUCAUCUCCUCCAACCUGAGGGAUGGAACCUCUCACUUGAUCCAGGUGGGGGGGCUCGGAGGUCUGAAGCACAACACUGUCAUGGUCAGCUGGCCCCGUUACUGGAAACAGCCCGAGUACCACCAGCAGUUCAGGAAUUUUAUCGAGGUGGUGAGAGAGACCACCAUAGCAAGCUUGGCUCUGCUGGUUCCUAAGAACAUCUCCAGCUAUCCGUCCAACGGGGAACGCUUCACCGAAGGCCACAUCGACGUGUGGUGGAUCGUUCAUGAUGGAGGCAUGCUCAUGCUGCUGCCCUUCCUGCUGCGCCAACAUAAGGUGUGGAGGAAGUGCAAGAUGCGCAUUUUCACCGUAGCCCAGAUGGACGACAACAGCAUUCAGAUGAAGAAAGACCUCAUCACCUUCCUCUAUCAUCUGCGCAUCGAUGCUGAGGUGGAAGUGGUGGAGAUGCUGGACAGCGACAUCUCAGCCUACACCUAUGAGAAGACCCUGAUCAUGGAGCAGCGCUCACAGAUCCUGAAACAGAUGCAUCUGACCAAGAAUGAGAUGGAGAGAGAGAUCCAGAGCAUUACUGACUCGUCCCGUGGGUCCAUCCGGCGUAAAAACCCGCCUGCACCGAGAGCGCAGCACAGCACCGAGGAGGGAGAGAAACCGGAGGAGGAGCCCACCCAGGGUAAGAACACCUCCACCCCCACCAGCCCCACGUCGCCUGUUCCCCCAGCAGGGGGCGCCACCGCCUGGAAGGACAGCAAGGGAGCAGACAAGGGGAAGAGCCCUCCAUCAGCAGCCACAGAGCCCGGCAAAGAUCUGUUCAACAUGAAGCCGGAAUGGGAGCAUUUGAACCAGACGGACGUGCGGCGCAUGCACACGGCCAUGCGGCUGAACGAAGUCAUCACCAAGAAAUCUAAAGAGGCCAAACUCGUCCUGCUCAACAUGCCGGGACCACCGAAAAACCGCGUGGGCGAAGAAAACUACAUGGAGUUCCUCGAGGUUUUAACUGAAGGUCUGAACCGAGUCCUCCUGGUGCGUGGAGGCGGACGGGAGGUCAUCACCAUCUACUCCUGAAGAACUUUUCUGACCCUUUACCGGCG